AUGUUCCUUCUUCCAUACGCGCUCGUGAUUCUCUUGUACGGUGGAGCAGCUGUUGUGAGGACGAUUCUUAAAAGAAGGCCAUCAGUCGUGAAUCCUAGGAUUGCCAGUUAUGAUAGCAAUGAUAAGGAUACUAUUGACACAUCUUCUUCUUCUUCACUCGCUCAAGUGAGAUUACUGCAAGCUCCAGAAGUGACUUCUACUCGAGGUGGAGAAUUGGAGCAUCUAGAGUUUUGGAAUACUCACUCUCGGUUGAUCCAGCUUGCUUGGCAUGAAUGGGAACGAGAGAUGAUUCGACGACAGAAUAGUGAGCAAAUACAAGGCAACGAAACCUAUCUUCCAUCGUUGGACGAAGACACCAUGAUGGAACCAACGCUGAAAGAAAGGAUCCAGCAAAUAUGGAAGAAACCGUCUUUAGAAGCAGAAUUGGAGUUGCAAGCCGCCAUCUGGGAGGAACCCAUUCGAAAUGUCCACACCUGUUCCUCCUUCUUUAGUCCACAAGGUAUUCAAAACCUUCGACAUCAUUUGUCGCUCAUGGGACAAGCUAACAUUCCAACUCGUCGACCAAAUGGUAUGAAUCGAAAUGGAUUCGUCUUGGACGAUGAAACCGAAGGAGGGGUCAGCUAUGUGUCUGUCAAUGACUUUCGUGGCUGGCUAGUGGACGAUUAUCUUCGUCCACUCGGACGCAUGUUCUUUCCAGAAUAUAUUGGUAGCGAUGAGGACGAUGAAUCAUCGUAUGCUUUUACCGUACAUUACCAAUAUAACGACGGCAGAGGAGACAAUGUUGAGAGCACGAAUACGAGUGCCACGAAGAGGCCAGAUGUGAAACUGAAGGAACAUUCUGAUGCUUCUGUCGUGACCGUCAACAUCAAUCUGAACCUUCCCGGAGAAGACGAAUAUGGUGGAUCGCAACUGCUCUUUCUUGACGAUAACGACGAUGAUGGGCCUGGUACUAACUCGACAGAGCAGCGACGCAAACAAUUAGAAUUCCAACCUGGAAUGGCAGUCAUUCAUCGAGGUUUGCACCGACACCAAGCCUUGCCAAUAGAAAAGGGCGAACGUCAUCAGCUCAUCAUUUGGUUAUUUGGAAACGAUGGCUAUGUAAGGGUUGCUCCAUAUAAGCCAAAGGAGCAAUUGUCUGUAAAGAAGCGUUGGUCCAAGUCGAAGAAUACUGGGGGAAGCAAUCACAUGCGGUCUUUGGGAGGAGGCAACGACUUGAAUCCUUUUGAACUUUGA